AUGUUCAUACUGCUCACAAUUUAGCCAACAUUCGAGUCGAAAUCAGGUUAGGAAAAUCUUGGGGUCUCUAGAGCCCCCAACAUUCUGGGAACCCUGGAGUCCCUCAGCGGUAAAUUUCAAAUAACUCCUCGAAAAACGUUCCAGGACGGAUAUUUUUUGAUGUCUGUGAUAAUUUAUUCUUCUGGACUUAUCUGAAUAAAGAAUGGGAGUUGUUUUUUCACUGAGUAUGACAGUGAGCAGCAUCACAACUUUCAUUUAAUGAGUUUUGCCUCUCCAACGUAUUCUCCAAGGUCUAAGGGUUGUAAUAAAGUUGUGAUUGAUAUAUAACCUCUAAAAACAUGUCCAGUGAGACACUACGUUCAUCUUCAAAGACAGGGAUAUUCCUCAUAAGUGUCACUGGGGGAAUCGGUGUGGCCUUGAGUGUCAUAUGCAUUCCCUUUGUAAGUCCUGCCCUGAGGAGGAUAUGUUUGCCAUAUGUACCAGCAACAACUCAGCAAGUUGAUAAUGUCCUGCAGGCACUCCGAGGACGAACUGGGAGGCUGAUCGAUUUGGGAAGUGGAGAUGGAAGACUAGUUUUUGCUGCAGCCAGUAAUGGCUUCCAAGCUUGUGGAGUUGAAUUGAACCCCUGGCUGGUCCUGUACUCGAGAUUAUCCGCCUAUUUUCGCGGGUUAUCCCCUAAAACAGAAUUCCACAGGCGAGACCUUCUGAAUUUCAAUUUGAGCAGCUACGACAAUGUGAUUAUUUUCGGAGUUCCUCAAAUGAUGGAAGAGAUAGAAAAAAAAUUCAUAGCAGAAUUAAAAAGCGAUAGUGCCAUUAUCGCCUGUCGAUUUCCCCUGCCAAAUUUGAAGCCAAUUCGAAUAAUUGGUCAGGGCGUUGAUACAGUCUGGAUUUAUCAAAACCCCCGAAAAGUUGAUAAUCGAGUUGACUUACAUCCAAGUAGUGGGUCAAUAUAAAAGCCAGAUUUUUUACUUGUAAAUAAUAAAUGGAGACAAUAACAAUUCCGCCAUAUUUUUUUGGUCCAGCUGGUUAAACGAUUGAUCAUGUGAUUGAAUAUCACAUAAAUAUGGCAUAAUUUAAUUCAAUCGGUAGUAGUUUCUUCAUCUCUUCGAAAAACGUGAUUGUGAUUAUCACAGACGUACACAGGAAAUUACGAAUUAGAUUUGUAAAAACCUGUUAGAACCCCCUGAGUCACAAUGUCGGGAAGACCACUUUGCGAUUCAGCUGUUACAUAUGGAUCGCACUUGAAUGUUAUCACAGGAUGAGGGCCCACCACUGGGGACACAUGGGCAGCGGUUGUGGCAGAGCUGGAUUUCCCAUCGAGUCUGGUAAUGAAAAUUUAGUAUCAGCAAUUAAAUUUUUAGUGCUGGAGCAUCCGCUCGGAAAUGAAACUCUCAAGGACUCGUUAUUUUAGUAUGUGGAUUACACGAAAUAUUGAAUAGCUCACGUCAAUUCGGAAAAAUGAAUAAAUUGCGGAAGUAAUAGCUUGGCUUAUUUUAAAACAAUAAUUAAGUCCAUUGGCCCAUCCCUCAGCUAUAGUUUCCGUAACUUUUGAACGGAAUGCGGAAGUUUUUGGAAUUGAAUACAGGAUAAAAUUUAAUGGCAGUGCCAGUAAAACAUUGAAUAUUCAUGAAUACCUCUUGAAAAGAAUUCUGCUGCUCCUCUUUGUUCCCUCGAUCCCCAAGAACUCGAGGACUUGCUGUCGAGUGCUGGGUAGUUGCAGCAUUUUCUGAAUAUAAACCUCGAGAGCGGCUCGCCUUUGUUCCAGUACUUUAGGCUGACUGUUUCUCACUCUUUUCGGUGGAAAAGCCACCGUCUCGCCGACCCUCUUUAACUGAAACGACAGCUGCUCAACAAGAAUUUGCACAAUUUAGGUAUUGGAACGUUGCAGGUAUUGCCAGAUUAGAAUUUAUUAAAAUCUCAUGAGAUUAAGUUGAGAACGUUGGAGAAGAUAAGCAGGUAAGAUUUCAGGGCUGAAAGGUCUUGGCCCAAACUUAAAAAUUUUUUUUUUAUGUAUUUACUGCUAUUUGAAGAGAAAAAAAUGUGGAACAACUCAGGAAAUUUCUGGGAGGAAUUCAUUGAGGAAAUAACUCAGUGGAAAAAUUGAAAUUCAAUUAUUUUUAAUACGAAAUUGUUUUCAUCGUCUUUUUCUUUUUGAAAAAAAUGCAAUAAUGCUGGAGAAUUAUUUCUGAGAAUUUUCUUGAUCUUCUCUUGUAAAAAAUAGGAAAAGAAUUUUCAAUCACUCACCAUUCUGUGGAGCGAAUUGAAUUCACUGUAUCUUCUCUCAAUCGAAUACUUGAUUCCACUGUUGGCAUCUGUCAGUUGAAUCGUAUAUACGUAGAAUGAUUUACCGUGCGUUAUUUCCGCCAGGCGGUAGCCAGUGAUAAAAACACGAUACAUCUCAUCCCACUUUAGUGUACACUCGGUAAUCAUCCGCAGCGUCAUUAUUUCAAUUCGACAAGAAUGCUGGGAGGCAUUCUAUCCCCAGUACUUCGAAACAAUCGAGUCAUCAAUUCUGAUUUUGUCACAACAAUGUUCAUACGAUUUUUCUUAGCAGUCACAUGAUUUAUCGAGUAAUGCGGAUUUUUUCACUCCUAUUUUUGUCAUUUUGUGGAGUUAAAUGACAGCGCGAAUCGUUAAAAAAAUGAGAUACUGACGGUAUCUCCAUGAAACCCGAGUUUCAGACGAUGGCACACGAUGCCAGAUAGAAUAUCCUAUUUCUUCCCUUCACUUCUUCACUUUCACGUUUUGUCGGUAAUGAAGGGAAUUCUUAAAAUUUAAAAUUCACCUAAAACGUAAAAACUAUUUGUUUUUGUUUAUUUAUCAUUGUAAUAUUGGAUUACUCAAUUUAGGAGGGUAAAUGUCUUCAAACAACUCAAAUACUGAAAGAUACAUUUUUUCUGGCUCAAUAAAAUCGGCCGUUUGCUUUUGUCUUUUGAUUGAAUCAAUAAAAUAAAAUUGGAGGAAUGAUAAAAGUACAGAUAACAGAAUUAAAACUAAAUUGGCUUUUUGCAAAUGCCUCAUUGGGUGCAAAAAAAUGUCUUUUUAAAAGUGAAAAAAUCAGUCGUUUAUUUUCUCACGCACCUUCCGACAAGAACUAUUACAAAAAUUUAUAAAAAAAUAAUACAAGUCAGUUUCUGCAUAAAUACUUGCAUCUUAACCCAAUAUAAAAAUUAAUAUGGCUCUCAAACGAGCGUUUGGAGUGAAAAAUAACCUAAUAUAAUUGCACUAUUCUAUACUUAUUAUAAGUACUUCCUUACAAACAUGAUCACUAAUGCGAAAUAUUGUAAAACAGUUCACCUACAAUGAUAUUUAUAAUCGAUAGAAUGGCAAUACUCAUCACUAACAAUUAUCCGAGUAAAUUUCCUAUUUCAAUAAGAAAUUAAUCUAGAGUAGUGGUAAAUGUUACGUGGAAGAAUAUGAAUUCAAUGUUUUAAUGAAUACAUGAGUCUAAACAUUUUUACACACAUCGAAGAAGUUUGGAAGUUCAAUGGCUUCGUUAAAUCAUACCUUAUCGCUAAAAAUCUUCCUAAUACACGGAGAAUUCCCUACUUAAGAUCUUGCGAAGUUGUGCGUCACAACUGGUCAUCUUCACCUGUGAAGAAAUUUCACAGAAAAACCUAGAGAUUUCGUCAACGAACUUCAGUGGAACUUAUAUAAAAAAAUAAAUAAAA